AUCUCCCAUCUGCAUUGAUCACGCUGGGAGCUGCAGACUGGAGCUGUUCCUAUUUGCCCAUCCUCUCCGUGCUUUCUUUACCUCUGAGGUUGGACACCCCCAUAGGAUCCUGCAACCUUUCUGCCCCAAAAAACUACUAUAACAGGAGGGAACCUGUUCCUGCCCACCCUUUGUCUACUCCUUCUCAUCCUAGAGAGCCUGACCGUGCCCUAGUUUUCUGAGGAGUGAUUGGUAUUCUAAGGUGCUGAGCAGGAUGAGGAAACUCAGGCUCAGAGAGGGAUUUCCACCUAAUCUGCCUGGAAACCGUGUGUAGCUACCCAAUAAGGUCUUUCUAUGUUCAGAAGGUCACGGACCAGGGGUGUUGGAGUAGGAGAUUUGUAGAGACAGUUUUGACCCCUGUACUUACAGCAAAGGGAUGUGUUUUCCAUGGAGAGUGUGUGUGGGCAGCUGUGUGUGAGCCUGUGUGGGCUCUGUGUGUGUUCCUGUGUGAAUAUAUGUGUGUGCUCCUUCAUGGACACAGCACACAUGUAGUGGGCACAGCAAGGCAAGAGAAAUCAGGAGACUAGGGACACAUUGCCAAGUGAUAAUAUCUUCCUACUGGGCAGGACCUGGGGUGUGCAAAGGUGUGCAUGAGUACUGCAGAAGCAGUUCAAAGAGCAGAGAGGUGGGGCCAGAAUAAAUAUGUUGUAGAAAGACAGUCAUCAGGGAGGAAAGUGAGGACUCUGACCAAAAUGCCUGAGGGCUUCCCUGCCUACCACAGCCCUCUGUGUUCUUAAAUCCUCCUGUGUCAACAGAGGCCAGACUCUGGGUUCCCCCACAGCCUGUCUGUGUCUGUCCUCUGCAAAGCCAUGUGGCUCUAUCUGGCAGUUUUCGCGGGCCUGUACUACCUUCUGCAUUGGUACCGGGAGAGGCAGGUGCUGAGCCACCUGAGAGAUAGGUAUGUGUUCAUCACGGGCUGUGACUCUGGCUUCGGGAAACUGCUGGCCAGACAGCUGGACGCACGAGGCUUGCGGGUGCUGGCUGCGUGUCUGACAGAGAAAGGAGCUGAGCAGCUGAGGGACCAGACUUCAGACAGGCUGGAGACGGUGACCCUGGAUGUCACCAAGACAGAGAGUGUUGCUGCAGCCGCCCAGUGGGUGAAGGAACGCGUAGGGGAAAGAGGACUCUGGGGCCUGGUGAAUAAUGCUGGCAUCUCCUUGCCUGCGGCCCCCAAUGAGAUGCUGACCAAGCAGGACUUUGUGACCAUAUUGGACGUGAACUUGUUGGGGGUGAUCGACGUGACUCUGAGCCUGCUGCCCUUAGUGAGGAAGGCCAGGGGCCGUGUGGUCAACGUCUCCAGUAUCUGUGGCCGGGUGUCACUUUUUGGUGGAGGCUAUUGCAUCUCCAAGUAUGGCGUGGAAGCCUUCUCCGACUCCCUCAGGAGGGAACUCUCCUACUUUGGGGUGAAGGUGGCUAUGAUUGAGCCUGGCUAUUUCAAGACUGCUGUGACCAGUAAAGAGAGAUUCUUAAAAAGCUUCCUGGAGAUUUGGGACCGGUCCAGCCCAGAGGUCAAGCAGAUCUAUGGCGAGAAGUUUGUUGCAUCCUAUAAGAAAUCAGCUGAACAAUUGGAGCAGACUUGCACACAGGAUUUGUCCUUGGUGACCAACUGCAUGGAGCAUGCGCUGAUUGCCUGCCACCCCCGCACUCGCUACUCAGCUGGCUGGGAUGCCAAGCUUCUCUACCUCCCCAUGAGCUACAUGCCCACCUUCCUGGUGGAUGCCAUUAUCUACUGGGGUUCUCCAAGCCCAGCCAAGGCUCUAUGAAGCCAAGGAUCAGGUGCAUGGUUGCAUGGAUUUGGGGUGUGCUAUGAGGGGUGAUGUAUCCUUGGGAGAGAAAUAAAGUGGAGGGAGGCCGUUGUCAGGUCAGUAGGGCACUGAUCUCACUUUCUUCACUACCUCCUGUCCAUGAUUCUCCUGGGAGAUAAUUCUGCUCUCUGAAGAUGUUGGUAGGAAAGUUUCAAGUUAAGCAGCUGAGAAACAGGAACCAAAUAGUGCUCCUGGGUGCAUUGUCACCUUAGGUGGCCACUCAAGGGUCCAAGCCUCUUGUGCUAACAACUGGGGUGGGUGUGAGCAGGUGGAAGGAGCCUCAGCACAUGCCAUUACCUCCUGCUUCCUUAUCAGGCUAUGUGUUAAUUCUGGGCCAGUCUGGGCCAUGGGGUGGAAAUGGCUUGGGAGACGUGAGGGGACCCCUUCUCUGAAGAUCCCUGUAUACAUGGUGUUGGGACCGGGAGCGCAACCAUUACGUGGCCCCAUAGGCCUCACGAGUUAUCCCAGCAGCAGUGGCUGGAAGGUGGUGUCCUCAGUAGGGAUCUGUGCAGAGGACAAAUAAAUCAGUUUUUUAUUUGUCUUGAAA